UCGACAGUCCUUGCUUUGUCCUUGUUGACAUCCCAUCCCAUCAUCCCAUCCAAUCUCAUCUCCGGCGAAAAAAAGAGACAACAUGUCGCAACAAGACCUCUCAUCUUACCCUCCUCUCUUUGUCCAGCCAAGCGAGCCAGCUCGGACAGUCGAACCGGCCGAUUCAUUCCCACCGAUCUCCGACGAGUCGGAUCCACUCCCCUGCAUCGAUUUCCAGAAGCUGAACCCAGAGGAGAUUGAUAAGGCUUGCAAGGACUGGGGAAUGUUCCGAUUGGUCAACCAUGGAAUCCCAGUGGAGCUGACGGCCCAGCUUCAAGAGCAGUCGAAGAACCUCUUCUCUCUCCCUUUUGAAUCCAAGCAAGCUAGCCUCCAAAGCCCAAUGUCCUACUUUUGGGGUACUCCUGCCCUUACUCCCAAUGGAGUGGCCAUCACAAAAGGCUUCCAGAAGGUGAAUAGGGUGGAGGGGAUCUUUAUGAUUCUGAACCAACUACCUCAAAUGCUAGGGGAUGAUCCUAUGUUGAACUCUUUCAGGAGUUUAAUGGAGGAAUAUGGGAAGCAUAUGGGUCGACUAGGUCGGUGCAUAUUCGAAGCUCUGAGGAAGAACGUGGGCAUGGAUCCAGCAUUAUCUCAACAAUAUCUAUCCGAAUCCACUGGGAUGUUUCGCGUUUACCGCUAUCUUCGGUGCUCCGAACCCAACAAAACAGAAGGGUUGGGUUCCCACACCGAUAGCACUGUCCUCUCUAUUUUGAACCAGGAUGAAGUGGGAGGCUUGCAGAUCUGCAAAGACGACAGAUGGAUAGAAAUAAGGCCAAUCACCAACACCCUCGUCGUUAACCUUGGUGAUAUGUUUCAGGCGAUGAGCAACGAUGAAUAUAAGAGUGCGAAACAUAGAGUGAUGAACAAAGGAGAGGAGAGGAUCUCAAUUUGCUAUUUUGUGUUCCCUGAAGACGAUGGUGUAAUUCAGAGCACAAAAUACAAGCCUUUCACUUACAAGGACUUCCGAGCAAAGGUCCAAGAAGAUUUGAAGACCAUCGGUUUCAAGGUAGGGCUCCAACGAUUCAGGGCUUCAUAGAGAGACCUUCAAUUUAUGUUUUUGUUAGCACAACAUCCCUCAAUAAACUAGGAUCACUGUUCCUUAAUCAGAAAAAUCAAUGCACCAACUAUACAAGAAAUGUUGAAGAUUAAAGUGAUAAUCUAUUGAGAUGAUGUUGGCUACCAUUUAUAUUAGUAAUUAAUGCUUAUGAUACCAA